GGCCAGGCGGUAGGCGACAGAAAGCACAACCUGAAAGCCUAAAAACACUCAAGAAAGAAAGAUGCUACCCCUAGACCAGUUUGUAGUACUGGACAGAAGAUAGGAAGACCGAGGAUGGGUCAUGUCACUACACAAUAUAACAUGCCACGAACAUAAAUCCCUGCUACUGUCUUUAAUAUAAAUUGUAAAAAUAAUAAGAAAAAACCCCACUUCUCCCACCCCCACCUUCACUCUCUAUAUCCCUCACUCAUCACCGGUCUGAUAUUCUUCUCUCUGUAUUCUCAGUACUCACGCUGUGCUUGCUUUCUCAGCGUCUCCUUAGCCUCUGCUUCUGGGGGACUUUCCCCCGCCUCGCCGAUAUUAUCUCUCCCACCCACCAUUUCCCACUAAAAGAAGACAUUCUCUCAUUCUCUCUCUCUCUCUCUCUCUAGCUCGCCCAAGCUUAGGGAUAUAGCUGCCUUGAGAUUAUCGUCUUUAUACGCGUUUUCAGUGCCAUUUGUUUUUCCGGCGGAAAAGUAGAAGCGAGAAGAACGCCUGAAAGAAGACAGAUUUUGCAUGAACAACAAAGCUAGCUUAGGUAUCUGAUAUUAUUAUUUCCAUCGGCUCAAAAGGAGGGGUCUCAAAUUAGCAAGGAAUAGCCGACAAAAGAGAGAAGAAAAGGGAGGGGUCUCAAGGAGAUAGAAAGAGAAAGCACUGCCUGUUCAAAGGACGUCGUACAAGCAAUAAAGACCAAGAUAGGGAGGAAGAAGAGGGGCCGACUGUGAAAAGCUUCAGGGGCUCUUGGCAAAUUAUCCAUCCGGUUUCAUCAGGCGCCACAUCUAUCAUCUCAUCAAAAUAUAUCAACAGUAGUCUAGCAGUAGUUUGAAGAAAGAAAAGGUUUGACUGAAGAGAUAUCGAGGCCACACACCAUUUGAAUAAGGACUAGCACUCUUCCUCUAUUUUCUUUCUCUUUAAAUUUCAUUUUUUUAUGUUACAUGUUGAACUCCCAAGACAGAAGAGAAUAAGAAUUAGAGGAGGAGGAGAAGGUCCAUCAUCCCAAGAUCUCCCUUCAGUCAGAGUCAGACUACUCUUAUUCUCAUUCCCAUUUGAUCUCCCUUUCAUCAAAUUCCUUUUUUUUUUUUUUCCAUUUUCUUACAACCAUUUUUUUCUUCUCUUCCCAUAUUUGGAUGACCAUUUGUUUCAACUAUUUGCUUCUUUUACCCCCCAUAUACGAUAUGUAUUGAGUUUGUUCAUUCCAAGGUCUUCCAUCAAACCCUUUCUUAAAGGUCUAAUAUCUUUAAAGCAAAAAUGGAGUAAAAUAUGUAUACUUCUAUGAAAUUCAAGCAAGAUCUACUUCCAAACUUUUCAUUGGAAAGGGUGAAAUAUAUAUAACCUUUCUUAUUCACGAGAUCCAAUCCCUCAAUCCCACCAUACGAGUACUACUCAAAACCCACCUUUCUUCCUUUUCCCAUUACUGGUUCCUGAUCUCUCUCCAUACCCCACCAUCCACGAAAGUACUCAGCCGGCCCCCCUAUCUCUCUCCCUUCCCCCGAUCACUCCCUCGCUCACUCCCCUCUCUGUAAACCUACUUUCUCUCUCAAGGGGAGAAAGUAAAACAUGGCAUCAUCAUCGAAUUCCCCAUGUGCAGCGUGCAAGUUUUUGCGGCGCAAAUGCCAGCCAGAGUGCGUUUUCGCACCAUAUUUCCCACCGGACCAACCCCAGAAAUUUGCGAACGUGCACAAGGUGUUUGGUGCAAGCAACGUGACCAAGCUUUUGAACGAGUUGCACCCGCACCAGCGCGAGGACGCCGUGAAUUCUCUCGCCUACGAGGCCGACAUGCGUCUCAGAGACCCCGUCUAUGGCUGCGUCGGAGUCAUCUCUCUCCUCCAACACCAACUCCGCCAGCUCCAGAUGGACCUCAGCUGCGCCAAAUCUGAACUCUCUAAAUACCAAAACUUGGGAAUCACAAGCCACGGUCUCAUUGCCGCCGCCGCCGCAGCCGCCACUGCCACCAACCACAACCACCAGCAGAACUUGGGGAUCAAUCUGAUCGGCGCCGGCCGCGACCACCAUCAUUACCAUCACCAGUUCUUCCCAAGGGAUCAUAUUCAUCAGCAGCAGAUGAUCAGGAGCUUCGAUUCGGGAAACAACUAUGAUGCAAGCCUUUUGGCCAUGAAUGUCUCGGCGAGCAUAGGACAACUGAGUCAGUUUCAGCAAACUAGAGCUGCCGCUGGGGACGACCGCCGCACAAUUGAUCCUUCUUAGGGUUUCUUCCCUUCCAUGGAUCAAAAAAUUGCUCAAAGCCAUAAUUAAUGGUACAUGUCCAAACUCUUACGAUAAACAUGACAGUCGAUGCUUUGAUUAUUAUUAUUAUUAUUAUUAUUAUUAUUAUUA